AUGUCGACAGCCGAAGCCCCUCCCUCCCCCACAAACCCCUCCGUCCCCUCCUUCAUCCCCCUCGAAGCCAACCCCGACCUCCUGACCUCCCUCCUCCAUAACCUAGGUCUCUCCUCCGCCCUGGCCAUCCACGACGUCUACUCCCUAACCGACCCUUCCCUCCUGGCGUUCAUCCCCCGCCCCGCGUACGCCCUCCUCCUGGUUUUUCCUCUGACAAAAGCCUACGAGGAACAUCGCGUCAAGGAGGAUGCCGAGCGGCCUGAUUAUGAGGGGAAGGGCGAGGGGGAGCCUGUUGUUUGGUUCCCCCAGACGAUAAGGAAUGCGUGUGGCUUAAUUGGGCUGUUGCAUGCUGCUUCGAAUGGGGCGGUGCGCGAUUUCGUCGUGCCGGGAAGUGACUUGGAGAGAAUCAUCAAGAGCGCUGAGCCGCUUGGGCCGAGGGAGAGGGCAAAGCUUCUGGAAACGGACGAGACGCUUGCGAAGGCGCAUCGGGAUGUUGCUGUGCAGGGGGAUACGGCGGCGCCGAGGGCAGAAGAAGAUGUGGAUUUGCAUUUUGUGUGUUUUGUGAAGGGGAAGGAUGGCGGGUUGUGGGAGAUGGAUGGGCGCAGGAAGGGCCCGAUAAGGAGGGGGGAUUUGGAGGAGGGGGAGGAUGUACUAAGUGAGAGGGCUUUGGAGUUGGGGCCGAGAAAGUUUCUUGAGAGGGAGGGAGAGGACCUCAGGUUUAGUUGUGUUGCGUUGGCGGGGAGCUUUGAGUAG